AUGAAUAAACGAAAACAUUCUACGCUUUUAGAGUUUUGUAAUAAAAAAAAGAACAAUAGUUCCAAUUAUACAGUGGUAACUGCGCAUGCCGAUGAUGCAAGUGUAAUAUCCGAGGUAAUACCUGCGUCAACAACAAAUAAAGUAACUACUAAUAAUAAUAAUACUGUUAAAAUAAAACUUUUGGAAAAUAAGUGGAAACCACCCCCUAGCUUUAAAUAUCCGUUUUCAGUUCAUAAAAAACAGGGAAAGGAAGAAAAACGGUUUUUGAGGUAUAACCAUUUUGAACAAUUUCCAUGGCUUGUUUAUUCGGAGUCAUUAUCUGGUUGUUUUUGUUUAUACUGUACAUUGUUCUUAGUUCAAAAUACUGGUGGAAAACAAAAUACGGAACAAUUAAAAAAAUUAGUUACAGUUCCUUUAAAGAAGUAUGCUAAAUUACUUGGCAAACAUGGUGAUUUGGAAACGCAUAGUAACAAUGAUUAUCACAAAAAUGCUAUCUUACGUUCUGAAGAUUUUGUACGAACACAUCACUGUCCCGACAAACGAGUAGAUAAUUUAUUAGGUACCGAACAUUAUAGACAAGUAACUGAAAACCGAAAUCGGUUAAAGCCAAUUGUUGAAUCUAUAAUAUUUUUGGGCCGCCAAAAUAUUGCGUUUAGAGGACACCGUGACCAAGGAAAUUUAACUGAUAAACAUAAUUUAAAUGAAAUUAAAAUAUAA